AUGAAUGAAUGAAUGAUUGAUUGAUUUUUGAUUGAGGAGUGAAUAAAGAUCGAACGAGUGAGAGAAGGCCACAACCACACCCAAGGCCUAGAGAGAGAUAUAGAGAAGAAAAUGGAGAUUGGGAAGCAGUGGCUGAGAGCUGACAACGCCACCAUUACCACCAUUGAUAUCAUCACCUCAGCCCUCACUUCUCCACAAUAAUCUCAAAUAUCUAUCUAUCUCAAUUUCUCAGUAACAAAUACCUUCAUGGGUUUUAGGCUGCACCUCAAAUGGCCUCACUCUGCUCUCCCCACAUCUUCACCUUCAUCUUCAUCUUCAUCUUCAUCGCCGUCAUCCUCUUGCCCUAAUUCCUCCUACUCCUGUCGGGGCAGGGAAAGCUCCCGGAUCUUGGGGAGGUUGACUGCAGCUUCGCUUUUAUACGGCGAAGCAGAAACUGUCAAUGAGAUUUUCAGGGCGCAAGCCAGUUCGUCAGCACCUCAGGUUUUGGAGAAUUAUGUCUUGAGGAGUAAAGAAACAAAGGUGCCGAUCAGGAAGAGUUCUAGUGAUGCUCACAGCAGUUUGCAUGGAAGCGAAAUCCAGACAUCAUCGAACAAUGACGACGAGUCGGAGUGUCAUACCGCCUUACGGGCGAUUAAUGCGUCGCAUUUCAGACUGCUUAUGAAGAAUCUGGACGUGUUGGAAGGCAUUUGCGCCGACUCCAACACGGUAAGGCUGGAAAGAGAUAUUCUGGAGCAAUUAGAUCGGCUCGGAGCUCUGAGAUUCUUCCAUUCAUGUCUGUCCAGGACAACCAACGAAUCAUUCAAUCCGGCUACUGAGCUCGUCGACAAAUCGAAAGAAUCCAAGGAAAAUGGCGAUGUGGAAAUUGUACGCUCCGGCAAAAAAGAACUCAGAAGAUCGAGGAGGAGAAAAACACCACUGAAAUUAAACCGUACUGCUUUGGAUGAUCCCGCGCUCCCACCUAACUCCGCCUCUGCCAGAGGAUCCUCGAAAUCUAAGAACACGCGACAUAAAAUUGCUAGGAAUGAGGCGGAAAUGUCGCGUGGAGUUAAGAUGGUUGCUGGAUUGGAAAAGAUCAAAAUGGCGAUGGAACGAGAAACCGGUCAAAGCGUGACGAGCUUGAGUAGCUGGGCGGAGGCUGCAGGGAUCGAAAACAAGGAACUGUAUCAGCGUUUGCGCUAUGGUUGGCACUGCCGGGACGAGCUGCUAAGGAGCACGCGCUCGUUGGUUUUGUUCAUUGCAAGAAACUAUGGAGGAUUUGGCGUCGCCUUUGAAGAUCUUAUUCAGGCUGGGUACAUCGGCGUCUUGCAAGGUGCCGAAAGGUUUGAUCAGUCGAGAGGGUACAAGUUCUCAACCUAUGUCCAAUAUUGGAUAAGGAAAUCAAUUUCGACAAUGGUGUCAAAACAUGCAAGAGGGAUUCGAAUUCCUAGCACUUUAAACAAGGUGGUAAGCCAAGUGCAAAAGGCUAGAAAAGCCCUGAGCACAAGUCAUGGAAAAUAUCCAGAUGACGACGAGAUUGCAAAGCACACCGGCCUAUCCAUGGCUAAAAUUACGUCUGCUAGCAAAUGCCUUCGAGUCGUGGGAUCCAUCGAUCAAAAUGUAUGGGAUGGCGUCGCGAUUAAAUACAUGGAAAUCACGGCGGAUAGGAGCGUCCAGACCCCGGAGGAGAGCGUGAUCCAGCAACACAUGAUAAAGGACCUAUACGGGCUUCUCGAUGAUUUGGAGGCGAGAGAAAAGGAGGUGGUCGUGCUGAGGUUCGGACUAGGGAACCGUCAAUGCAAGUCGCUCGAGGAAAUCGGGAGGCAAUUUUGUGUGAGCAAAGAGUGGAUAAGGAAAAUUGAGAGAACGGCUCUUACAAAAUUGAGGGACCAGAAAUCCCUCCAAAUCUUGACCCAUUAUGCCCUCUUCAGGUCUUAGUUGCCACUGCUAAUUUGGUAUAUACAUACAUACAUAUGUACACACACAUACUGUAAUACAUUGUUGUCUCAAUAUCUACAUAUAUAUAUAUAUAUAUAUUUGUAGAAGUACUUUAUCCUCUAUCGGAUUUUGC